AUGUCGGACGGUUUCUCCUUAUCCGACGCCUUGGCCACCAGCAACAACCCCACCCCCGGUGCCCCCCCACCCCAAGGCUGGCCCUCCUGGGGGAACCAGCCGCCGGCUCCUGGGGGGUUCCCGGCGUACCCCGGCCCUCCGGGGACCUAUCCUGGCUCACCGGCAGCACCGGGGACCUACCCUGGAGCACCAGGGGCGUACCCCGGCCCUCCGGGGACCUAUCCUGGCUCACCGGCAGCACCGGGGACCUAUCCUGGAGCACCAGGACCGUAUCCUGGAGCACCGGGGCCGUAUCCUGGAGGACCAGCAGGACAGGGACUGUACCCGGGAGCACCUGGAGCAUUCCCUGGAGCACCAGCAGGACCAGGGUCAUAUCCUGCCCCAGGACAACCACCCAGUGGCCCUGGAUUUGGGCCCCCUCCUCCGCAGGGGGGACUGGCUCCUCCGAUGAAAGUCCCCUUCGAGCUGCCCCUGCAGGCAGGACUCGUCCCUCGGAUGCUCAUAACCAUCACGGGGACCGUCAACCCCAACCCAAACAGGUUUUCACUGGAUUUCAAGAAAGGGAAUGACGUUGCCUUCCACUUUAAUCCCCGCUUUAAGGAAGACAACAGGAAAGUCAUCGUCUGUAAUUCAAUGUUCCUGAAUAACUGGGGAAGGGAGGAGAGGACAGCUCUUAAGUUUCCAUUUGAAGCUGGAAAACCUUUCAAGCUCCAGAUCCUUUGCGAGGUGGAUCACUUCAAGGUAGCGGUCAACGAUGCUCACUUGCUGCAGUACAACUUCCGCGAGAAGCAGCUGAACGAGAUCACCAAACUCUGCAUUGCUGGGGACAUCACCCUCACCAGCGUUAUGCCAACCAUGAUAUAACUACGGUGGUGUAAUUGUAAUGCAAACUUGGCUGUAACAGAAGUGCCUUCUUACAUGAAUACCUUGAGGUAAUAAAACACUUUC